AUGACUUCAACUGCAGUAAGAGUCGGAUUGCGAGUUCGUCCUUUAACAGAAAAGGAGUUGAUUAAUAAUUGUACAGAAUGCCUUACCAUCAUACCAAAUGAACCACAAAUAUUGAUUGGCACCGAUAAAUCAUUUACAUAUGAUUAUGUAUUUAGUUCUAAUGCAGACCAAGCACAAGUUUAUCAAAAUGCAGCAUCUCCCUUAUUACAUAAAUUUUUAGACGGAUUUAAUGCAACAAUAUUAGCUUAUGGACAAACAGGAUCUGGUAAAACUUAUAGUAUGGGUACGAGUUUAGAUAACAAUACCAGUGAAGGCAUUAUACCACGCUGUAUUAUUGAUUUAUUUCAAAUUUUAAAAUCACGAGAAUCUCAGGAUAAAGACUAUAAGUUUGAGCUAUACGUAUCAUUUUUAGAACUUUAUAAUGAAGAAUUUAUAGAUUUAUUAAACCAGCCAUCAAAACGUAGAUCAGGAACAUUUAACAGUAACCAACAGCAACAACAACAACAACAACAACAACAACAUAGCGAUGUAUCUAUUCGAGAAGAUAUUUCAGGAAAUAUUUAUUGGAGUGGCGUAAAAGAAGAAAUUUGUUAUGGUCCUGAAGAUGUAUUGAGGCUUCUUGCUCAAGGCUCAUUAAGUCGUACAACAGGAUCAACCGAAAUGAAUUCUGUUUCAUCACGAUCGCAUGCUAUUUUCUCAAUUAUAUUAAAACAACAGAAACCUGAAGAUGAUGAAACAGGCAAAAGAAUCGUUAAAUCACUUCAUAGUAAAUUUCAUUUUGUUGACUUGGCAGGUUCGGAACGAUUAAAAAGAACACAUGCACAAGGAGAACGAGCUAAAGAAGGCAUAGCCAUUAAUUCAGGUUUAUUAGCACUUGGAAAUGUUAUAUCUGCUUUGGGUGAUGAAACACGAAAGGCAACCCAUAUACCUUAUCGAGACAGCAAACUUACUCGUCUACUUCAAGAUUCAUUGGGUGGUAAUAGUCAGACGCUUAUGUUGGCUUGUGUGUCUCCAGCUGAUACUAAUUUUAUGGAAACUGUAAAUACUCUAAAAUAUGCUAAUCGAGCCCGUAACAUCAAAAAUCGGGUUGUUGUUAAUCAAGACUUGAAAGGCUCAGAUGUUAAUCAACUUAAGGCGCUUAUCUCUCGUCUACGUAUGGAGAUUGCUACACUACGAGUAGAGGGAUCAUCAUCAUCAUCCACUGUAUCUUCAAAGAGCCAUCAUAUAAACGAAAUGAAUCAAUUAAGAGAGCGUCUACGAGAGAUGUCUGACCAAAUUGUUCAAUUGACAACUGAACGAGAUACGUUAAUAAUUGAGCGUGAACUAGGUGAAUUUAUGCAAAAUGAAAGUGUGGAUGAUCAGCUUUUAGAAAAUAUUGGAUCGACUCGAAAAAUUCAAGCUCAUCCUAUAAUUGAAAGAUAUCAAAAGACGAUUCAAACAUUAACAAAUGAACUAAAUGAAACAAAAGAUAAGCUUCGGCAAUCUUCAUUUCAAUUGACACCUAGUACAUGUAAUCACAUAUUACCCAAGUUUUCAACUAGCCUAUCAAAGACAAAAAAUAGUAGUCAUAAAAAACGAAGAAAAGAUAAUGAUCAUAUCAGUACUAACUCAAGUCUUACUACACCAACUCGUUUUGCUGCUGAUAGAGUUACAACUAAAAUAAAUGCACGACACCCUCUUCUUACUAAGAGUUCAAGUAUAUCCUCUAGAACAGGCCGCCGACAAAAAAGACAUAUUCGCAUAAAAUCAAAACAACAACAACAAUAUAUAGCUCAUAAACAACAAAAACAUGGUGAAAAUAAAGAUUACAUCAAUCAAAUUAAAGAAAAUGACAUACAUCAUGAGGAAGUGAAAGAUAGUAUUGCAAAAGCUCGAGCAGAUAUAAGAAAGAGUAUAGAAGUACUGGAACUCAUAAAACCUUUAAAUAAUGUAACAGUUUGUUGGGAAGAAGAAAUAAAGGCUUUUGAAACAGAAGACAAGCGUAUAGAUAAUUUGAAUGAAAUCCAAAGAGUUUUGUCUGAUGAAGGUGUAUAUUCACUUGCAUCUUCUCCCGUUAACGAAGAUAUCUAUGAUGCUGAAAAACUGACUGUUUCUACAGGCGAUGAUCAAGAAUCAAAGUCUGAAUUUGUCACAAAUGAUUAUAACUCACCGAUUUUCCGUAUGGUUCAUCAAAUUCAGUCUGAUAUUAAAGUCAAGGAAAAGCUUGUAUCUCAUCUCGAAAGAUCAGAAAAUGAAUAUGUAUCUAUGCGGGAAAAAUUGGAUGAAAAGAUCAAUAGGCUCCAAGCUCAAUUGGUAGAAACACAAAAGGAGAAAGAGAUGGCGUUCAUGAAAGCCAAAUCUGGCCUAGCUAUGAAAUCAGAUAUCAUGGUAGAUAAACAAAUUGUAGAGAUUCAACAAACAUAUGAAGUCAAGAUAAAGAAUCUAACAUCUAAAAUUCAUGAAUGGCAAAAGAAGUAUGCACAUAUAACAAUGACGCUUCAACAGACAAAGAACCAAAAUGAAAGCCUAUUAAGGUCCUUAAAAUCUAAUGUUGAAAUUUUAAAAACAGAAAAGAAGCGUCUGACACAACGCAUGAAGUUAGAAGCUGAUCGUGUUCGUGACCAGAUCUCUAGACAACAACAGAAGAUUCAACAAUUACAACGUCGAUACGCAAAGUCAAAUCAACUCAAGUUGAAAUUAGAGCGUACAUAUGAACAGCAAAGAUCCACACUUAAAAGAUGCAAUGAUGAACUUUUGAUAAGCACAAAUCAGGUAAAGCAAUUGAUUGAGGUGAUGAAAAAGGCUGUACGUGAAGGUGGUAUACUUGACGAAAAGAUGUUGACAAAUCUAAUUCCUAUCAUGGGGGGUCGUUUUGCUGUGAUCGUUCGUGGUGGAGGCCACGGAUUCCCUCGACGACGACUUACAAAAAGGAAAAGUAACAUUCCAUUAGAAGUUCGAGUGUCUUGUAAAAAGGAAUUACUUGAUAAAGCCCUAUAUCAAUAUAUUCAGGGAAAAGAAGCAGUAGUCGAGAUGGAACAAUUGUUAGUUAGACGUGAAAGUCUUGUAGAAGAGAAGCUAAAACUUGAAGAGGUUCGAAAAUAUACUUAUCAAUCUCAAUUAGAAUACUAUCAAAUCACUGAUCAAGUUAUAAAUACAUCCGACCUUGAGUUAAUAGAUGAAAGAAUUGAUUUAAUAUCUACUGAAAUUUCUUAUCUUUCGGCUCGAAUUCAAGCCUUACAGUCUGAAGCAGCAGAUGAGGCUCUAAAAGCAGAAGAAAGUAACGGUGCUUAUUUAAUUUCAAGACAAGUCAAACAUGUUAUGUUUGCAGACGAAAUUGUUACAGAACCAUCGUCUAGUAAUGAUGAAUGGAUAGACAUUGAUACUAUUGAAGAAAAAUUUAAUGUUCCUAUCAAUGCGUCCCCUGAAUUGGCUUACGAAAUUACCUCAAAACUUAUCAAAUCUUUUGAAGUCGAUGAAUGUAAACCUAUUAUAGAAAAUCUACUCGAUGAUAUUAUGGAUUUAAGAAUGAAUGAACACAAUAGGCAGAUAACCAUUCAAAAUUUAGAAAAGACGGUUACUGAUUUACAGAGUGAACUGCUGCUUAUCAAACAACAAUUUAAUAUGAAUGACAAUGAAUCUUUUAAAAAUCUUAGCCAAGACAAUAUAGCUGAUACAAUGCUUCAAGAAAUAAUGGAAAAUAACUUUCAAACUUAUAAUAAUAGAAAAAAUAUAGACUUGAUUCAUCACAAGGACUUUUCUUUAAAUACAAUACCUUCACCUAAAAAGUAUUAUACAAGUUCACCUAAUUCUCCAAUUGUUUUAUCUCCUUACACUACUGAUUCAGUUGCUAACAAUAUUAGUCACUUUGACAAUUUGCCAGCGGUAGGUGCCAUUGGAAAUAAUAGCUUAAUACUCUCACGAGAAUCUACACCAUCACCUGAUAGGUUUUAUAAUAUGCUUCAAAAAGGACUUCCUUGGCAAGCUAAAAAUGAGCGAGAAUUGAUCAAUUUAAAACAUUAUGCAAUGGAUCGAGAGUCAUCUAUACCAUCUACUUACAGCAAUAAUCCAAGAAGCACUUCAAAUAAUAUGUCUAAAGCAAUAGAUAAUGAUGUAACCAGCUCUGUGUUACAAGGAUAUAGCCCUAAUUUUGAAAUUGAGACUGAUGGGUAUAAAAAACAAUCUGAGAAUUGGUAUCAACAACCAAAAUCUAUUAGACCACCUCUAAUGCCAAGUACGUUUGAAAGACAUGCUACUAGUAGUGUACUUUCUGUGUUUGAUCGUUUGGCACAAACGCCAACGCGUGCAUUUAGAGCAAAAAUUAAUUAUCGACAUAGUAGCAGCAGCAUUGAUGAUUUAAGAAAAAGAUGGAAAGAUGAUCAAAGGCCAUUGAGUGUUAACAGUCAAUAG